AUAAACGGCCAUUCUUGAAUUACGUAGCAGGUAGAGUACUCAUAUUUAGAGUUACUCUCCUUACUUGAGCUUUAUUAUUGUCAUUAAUCUAGUCAGGGGAACAUAUUGGGUUCUCUGACACUAAGAACGUCAAACGACGACCAAAGGAUCAUAAAAUGGGUACCGAAGCACACCGUUUGAUCACAGUUUCUUUGGGAAAAAUCGCACAAUGCAGACAACAACGUGGUGGAGUCAAUUUGCAUAAAAGCCUUCUUGUAACAAAGGUGCUAUACAAAGCCAGGACUGCUUACAUGAUGCAGAAUUUUCGUGAGGUAGUAGACUCUAAAACCAGGACGGCCAAGACACACUCAUCGAGCGAGAAACAGGUCAGUAAAUCCAAAUCUGCUGAAACCACGCUACAAGUACAAAUUCACCCCACGCCGGCGGGAAAUGCCGCGCCAUGUGACUCUGAGAGUGCAGGUUGCAUAAGCCCGUCUGAGACCCACGAGGACAAAGAAAACAUUCCCCCUGCACAAGAAAUGAGUGCUGAAACAAAGGACAGUUUUGAAAAUUCCGACGAAAAUAUGAUCUCAAAAGAGUCGAGUUUAGACAAUAAAUCGGACGUUGAUAACAAUGCUGAUUCCGAGUGCGCAAAAUGCGUGAAACGUCGACUCAGUGAAACCGAGCUCGCCGUGGACUCUAUUUCCCCCGUUAAACGCUCAAAGUUUUGCGAUGCGGAGACACAAGUAGACACAGAGCCCAUGCAGACGGAAACGACUCAGAUCUCAAACUUGGUGAACAUUUUCAGUUCGGGCUUCACUGGAUUGAUUUCCAAUAGUCAUAACAAUAACAGUUCAGUGGAGAAUUCGAUCCAAACAGCUGAGAAAACUAGGCUGGGCUCAGACACCCAAUCGACUAUUUCUCAGUGUGGGAAGCACAUAAAAGAAGCCUUUGAGACCCUGGCCCGUCCCGUUAUCGCUCUCACAGUAUGAGCAACCGGAAAACCUCCCGAGUUGAUUCAGUCGUUUACCUUUGUGUGGGGUACGUGGCACAGGCUAUCCCAAAGGCCAAGCCCCCCAAGCCGGACUGGUGCAAACCACAACGCACUAGCGUUACCUGUAAAGGAAAGGUGCUGUAACUCUUUAUUUACCAGCAAGUGCCUUGUGGCAAUACGGUGCCGAAGCCAAUGUUUAAUUCCCGUUGGAGGAAUAUUGAACGAUUUGCAGUGAUGUUGACAGUAUUCUGUGGUUUAAUGAAGCAAACUGUUUCAAAACCUAUAAGAUAAACUCUUGAUUAUAUUUAAAAAAGAAAAAAAAAAUGCGUUCAGACUUUGAAUGUUACAAGUUUAUACCCUCAGGGACUCGAUGUGAUUAAGGGCAUACAGACUUAACAGUAACAUUUAGUGAGAUCUGUUUGAACGUGGUCAGUGAGUGUGAACAAUGAAAUCCAUAUGUUGGAAAUAAUACAGGUGCGAUUGCAGAUGGAUUUACGAUUAACUGAUACUCCUUAUGUUAAAAAGUGGAAUUUGAUACGCCAAAAAUGCUCUUUUUGUCAUCUGUCAUUAUUAUUUUUAUUGUCAUGAGAGAACCUGCGUAUUUUAGGUUGUUCUUGUAGAAUAGAGAUUCAGAAUCAGACUUUAGUGCAAUUUAUUAACUACAGUCUUGAAAACGAGCGAUUUAAGUGUGGUAGAAGUGAGUAAAUCUGUUGUUUUCUGUAGGCAAGAUGUGUAAAUAUGUCACACCUUGCAUUCAAUAGAAGGAGAAUGAGUCAUGGUCAUACGUUCCUCCAUCAUGACAAAGUCCAUGAAAUGGAUUCAUGCCUAAAGAAUGUACAUGUAAAAUCGUCAUAUAUCGUCUCGUAAUACAUUCAAUGUGAUCACCCUGUUAUUGUUUCUCUUGAAAUAAAAGAGAUGUAUUAAUUUGAAAUGCAA